AUGGGUGGGGCUGGAGACACGUGUUCCAAGCCCCACCCACGAGAAUCGUUUAUUUGCGGCCGGAAUUCUUUCGUAGGAAUUCCAAAACCUAUCAUAUUAAUUCAUAGGAUUGACGUACUAAUUAUGGGAAUAAAAAAAAUUCAGGAAAACCAAUUAUUAGCCAUGGGUGGGGCUGGAGACACGUGUUCCAAGUACCACCCACGGGAAUCGUUUAUUUGCCGCCUCAAAUCUUUCGGAUUAAUUCCAAAACGUAUCAUAGGAAUUCAUAGGAAUGACGUACUAAUUAUAGGAAUAAAAAAAAUUCAGGGAAACCAAUUAUUAGCCAUAAGUGGGGCUGGAGACACGUGUUCCCAGCUUAACCCACGAGAAUCGUGUAUAUGCGGCCUCAAUUCUUUCGUAUUAAUUCCGAAACGUAUCAUAGGAAUUCAUAGGAACGACGUACUAAUUAAAGGAAUACAAAAAAUUCAGGAAAACCAAUUAUUAUUUAUGGGAUGGGCUGGAGACAAGUGUUCCCAGCCCCACCCACGGGAAUCGUUUAUUUGCGGCCGGAAUUCUUUCGUAGGAAUUUCAAAACCUAUCAUAGGAACUCAUAGGAUUGACGCACUAAUUAUAGGAAUAAAAAAAAUUCAGGGAAUCCAAUUAUUAGCCAUGGGUGGAGCUGGAGACACGUGUUCCCAGCUUAACCCACGAGAAUCGUUUAUUUGCGGCCGGAAUUCUUUCUUAGGAAUUCCGAAUCCUAUCAUAGGAACUCAUAGGAAUGACGCACUAAUUAUAGGAAUAAAAAAAAAUCAGGGAAUCCAAUUAUUAGCCAUUAGUGGGGCUGGAGACACGUGUUCCAAGCCCCUCAGACGGGAAUCGUUUAUUUGCGGCCGGAAUUCUUUCGUAGGAAUUUCAAAACCUAUCAUAGGAACUCAUAGGAUUGACGUACUAAUCAUAGGAAUAAAAAAAAUUCAGGAAAACCAAUUAUUAGCCAUGGGAGGGGCUGGAGACACGUGUUCCCAGCCCCACCCACGGGAAUCGUUUAUUUGCGGCCGGAAUUCUUUCGUAGGAAUUCCGAAGCUUAUCAUAGGAAUUCAUAGGAUUGACGUACUAAUUAUGGGAAUAAAAAAAAUUCAGGAAAACCAAUUAUUAGAAAUGGGAGGGGCUGGAGACACGUGUUCCCAGCCCCACCCACGGGAAUCGUUUAUUUGCGGCCGGAAUUCUAUCGUAGGAAUUCCGAAGCCUAUCAUAGGAAUUCAUAGGAUUGACGUACUAAUUAUGGGAAUAAAAAAAAUUCAGGAAAACCAAUUAUAA